AUGUCGCUGUUGAGCGAUCCAGAUUUCCUGAUCCACAGCCUGCGCCUCAACUACCUGCGCAACGUCGACGACCCAUACGGCCAGCGCCUGAUCUCCUUCUCGCCCUUCUACGCCUCGAACCCCUACGUCGCCGCCGCCCACCUCUCGGACACGGACCGCUGGCCCGAACUCCAUGCCUCUUCUUCCCCGUCCAUAUCCGACGAUGAGGCCGACCCCGCCGCAAGUAACAACAACCACCGACGCAGAUCGGGAUUUCCCGGUGCGACUGGCUUGAAAUAUAGCGCAACAAUCAUGCCGGGGACGAGACAGAGUGGGCUGGGGAUGAGUGUUAGAGGGAGGAGGCCGGAUCUCACUGGGAAACGGCUGUCGAGGAUAUCAAAGAGAGGCUCGACUGGCUCUACGCCGAAUAGUCCAACUGUCAUCCCCGCGAGCGAGAAUACGCCAGAACCUACGGGCGUCAAUAUCACGUCUGCAUCGCCGCUUGAUACAGCUCAGAAGGAGCCCGAAGUGGUCGUCGCACCUCCGCCUCCAGCACCGGCACCAGUGGUGCCUGGAUUCGUGCCCAAGUUCAAAGGCGCGGCUGAGAUGGACGCGCGAAGGAGGCUGAGGUUGCAGGCGAGGCAAGGCGCCGUGGCUGCCGCCGCUGCUCCGAGAGUCACUCCGGACCCGAAUCGCAGUCUCGUCGAUUUCGAUUCGUCGUCGUCCGAAGAGGAAUCGACGGCAGACUUUGAGGAGGAUGGGUUUGACGAUGUUGGUGUGGAUGGAGACUCGGAUAUGGAAGGCGACGACGGUGAUGAGGAGUUCGAUCCGGAGUUCGUAAAUAUGCUGGGCGUAACAGACGACUCAGUCGACGGCCUCUCCUCCGUCUCAAUGUCCAACUCCGGCCUCAACUCAAUCUCAAUGUCAAACCCCUCCCACCUCGCCGCCCCAGCGUCCGUCCGCGGCCGCUCAAAACUCAGCCCCGUGCGCGAGAAACACGGACACGACUUCUCGCUCGUCGAGAACUCCCUCGGCGCAGGUGGAUCCGGAGAGCCGAUGUUCGAGAUGGUCACGCCUCCUCCGAAACAACCUUCCAACGAGCCCGCUGCGAGGCCGACGAAGAGGAGACCGUCGCAGCCGCCUGCACCCGACGAUCUCUUUGCGAGGCAGAAAGUUGUCGUUGCUCCUGUGAAGAAAUCGGCAUUAAGCAUGCGCUUAUCCGAAGGCACCGACCUCAACCCCUUCAGCGAACUUUACAGCGCCAUAUCUGGCCGCGGCGCAUCAGCGUCGACCAACGUCACUGUCUUCUUCCCGCAAUCGAAGACGCCGAUGAAGGCUAUGAACCUCGUGGUGAGGAAGGACGCGACGGUUGAGGAGGUGUUGGGCUUCGCGCUGUGGACGUACUGGGAGGAGAAGUGGGAGCCGAGGUUGGACGAGGGUGAUGAUACGCCUGAGGAGAAGCUUAGCGCUGUGGGCUGGGUGCUGAGGAUUGCGGAGGAGGAUGGAGAGGUUGACGAGGACUUCCCGCCGCCGGACAGGAUGGGCAAGAUCUCCAAGUUUAACUUCGACGCCUACGCCGUCCUCGCCGCCUCAGCAACCCAGAUGCAACAGAACAAGAUCUUCGAAGCCAAGAUCCAGCGUUCGCCCUCACGCGUGGUCAAAGCCAAACGCCCCGAGCCGACCCCUCUACUCGGUGUGCCCGGCGCAUCCAGCAAUGCCGGCAUGUCCAGCAGCGGUGCACCUUCGACGAGUGCGAUGGUACCCAGCACGUUCCCGAGUCAUCCGGGAAGUGUGUUCGGCUCGUUCAACCCGUCGUCGAGUUUCGGUCCGCAGAUAUUCUUGCGGAUAAGGGUGCAGGAUACGUUGGAUGCUGUACAUGUGUACUCGACUAUACACGUGACAUCAACAAUGUAUCUCCAGGAAGCCCUCGACAUCGUCUGUCACCGACGCAAGCUCCUUCCCGCCAAAGACUACACUUUCGUCGUAUCCGACAUGUCCGUCAUGGUCGCUCUGGACCGUACAGUCGCAUCUCUACAAGGCAAAACCGAUCUCCUACUCGUGAAGAAAGAGAUGGUACCGAACCUCGGCGUGAACGUCGCGAAACCGGCUGGAUCGUCCGCGGAUCCGAACUCGAGUAUCUUCGGGGGCAAGGCGAACGCUCAGCCCGAACCGGAGGUCACCUCUGUACCCGAUUUCGCGGCAGACUAUAAGCGGUACACUGUAUACCGCAAGAUGCCGAUGCUCGUGGGCCGCCACGAGCGUAUACUCGCCAUCGACGGUCUAUACGUCCAUUUCAUGCCCUCGAACAAGGCCAAAGCCGUCUUCGAAUCCGGCAAGACCUCUUCGCAUCACAUCAAAUCCGUCGUUGCGGCACAGCAGUCGCAUAAGGACAGCUCGACAUUCAGGAUCGUCGUACACCGGCUGAGGGAGAACGGAGGGAAUAAGAGGUACGAUUUCGAGGCGAGCAGUGCUGCUGAUGCUGCGGAGAUCGUGCAGACUAUCAAGAGUAUGAAGAAUAGUAUUGAUAGGCAGAGCACGAUCAAGGCGCGUAGGAGUAAGCACAUGGGCUGA